AUGGCCCCAACCUGUUACUUCCACCCAAAGCCACAGUUGUCCUUCUUUCUCCAGAUGUUCCGGUGGCCAGUGGCCAGCGGCAUUGACAGAAAUGAGAUGCUCGAGAUUCAGAUUUUCAACUACAGCAAAGUCUUCAGCAACAAGCUCAUUGGGACCUUCCGCAUGGUGCUGCAGAAGGUGGCAGAGGACAACCAUGUGGAGGUGACCGACACGCUGAUGGAUGACAACAAUGCUAUCAUCAAGACCAGCCUGUGUGUGGAGAUCCAGUAUCAGGCCCCAGAUGGCAUGGUGGGCUCCUGGGACGAUGGGGACUUCUUGGGGGAUGAGUCUCUUCAAGAGGAAGAGAAGGACAGCCAGGAGACAGAUGGACUGCUCCCCAGUUCCCGCCCCAUUUCCCGGCCACCAGGCGAGAAGAGCUUCCGGAGAGCCGGGAGGAGCGUGUUCUCCGCCAUGAAGCUCGGCAAGAACCGGCCCCACAAGGAGGAGCCGCCAAGACCAGAUGAGCCAGCAGUGCUGGAGAUGGAGGACCUUGACCACCUGGCCAUUCGGCUCGGGGAUGGGCUGGAUCCCGACUCAGUGUCCCUAGCUUCUGUCACAGCUCUCACCACCAAUGUCUCCAACAAGCGAUCUAAGCCGGACAUUAAGAUGGAGCCAAGUGCAGGGCGUCCCAUGGAUUACCAG